AUGGCAGUUCGUAGAGGCCAGAAGGAACUAUCAAAAGACCUGCUCGACAAGUACGGCUCGGUAGCUCUCAGACCAGUUACCAAUGCUUCUCAGUCCAUUCAGGUCUACUUCAGGAUUCUCAUCGCCCAAGUCAUUAGCUUUAACGAGAAAGAACAACGAAUAACUAUCAACGGAUGGAGAAAGUUGCAAUGGUUGGAUCAAUUCCUUGCAUGGGAUAAGGAUAUGUAUGGAGGCAUUAAUCAGCUGGAAGUAACCCCUGACAAGAUAUGGCUACCUGAUAUCAAGCUUUACGAAAACAUUGAUAAGGACUUCCAGAGUGAAGAUAAGGUCAAUGCCCUUGUGAGCUCUGACGGUAUGGUCACGUGGUAUACCCCGAUGGUCAUCAGCAGUUCUUGCAAGAUCAAUGUCCGUUAUUUCCCUUUCGAUGUCCAGACUUGCACCUUGACCUUCGGCUCCUGGGCUUAUACCAUCGACUCGCUCAACAUUAACUAUUCUGACGAUGCAACACAGAAUGUUUUUCUAAACAACGGCGUAUGGGACCUGCGUAAGAUCAACUUGGAGCGAAACGUUGUCAAAUAUGCCUGCUGCCCGUUUCCGUUUAGCUUUGUCCAGGUAGAUUUGUUCCUGGAGAGACGGUACGAGUUCUAUGUCUUCAACAUGGUGGUACCCUGCGUCAUGCUCUCCGCCAUCAACGCCUUGGUGUUUUUAGUUCCCCCAGAGUCAGGGGAGAAGAUUUCCUUUUCGGUAGCAAAUCUCCUGGCCUCAAUCCUGUUCCAGCAGCUGAUUGGAGAACUCAUGCCACCACUAGGUGAUGAAAUUCCACUUCUUGGGAUGUUCUUUCUGUACAUGGUCGGGAUGAGCUGUGUGGCACUGGGAGCUAGCGUCCUCAUACUGCGCAUGUUUCAUCGCCUUGGAGAAAAACCUGUCCCGAGAUGGCUCAAACGCAUGUUCCUCCGUCGCGAUUCCGUUUCGCUGUCCUUUAAGCGGGCCAGUGUCGCCGUCAAGAAGACAAGAAGCAACCGCCAUAGUUCCAAUGGGGACGACGGCUACAGGAGGGGCAGCAAUCUUAGUAUGACCGUGAUCAAGGAAAACGUCAACGAUGUCAACUCUAAAGACCCAGACGAGGCAUCUUUCCCGCUGCAUCCAAAGAACGAUGUAAACUCGACGGCCAAACUUAGCAUACACUGUCAAGGAUUUAACGACGAUUACGAAAGCGAGUCUGCGAUGCUAAAACGGGAAAUAAUUCGGCAAGAAUGGAUGACAGUGGCUAGGAAACUUGAUAAAUCUCUAGGAGCUCUCGUGGCUGGCUCAACUCUACUGGUCAUUAUUCUUAUUUUCCUCCUCUUUCUAUUCAGAGGAUAAUCAUUCAUGUGAUUCUUUAACAUAUGCACGAACAUUAUCGGCGGUCUUAAGACGCAUAUGGCUUUUUACUUGCAGAGAUAUUAGCGAGUUGAUGCUCCGCCGCGCAGAACGAAUUCUAGGACAAAGUAAAUGUAUUGAAAAUGCCCAUCAAAUGACAAUGAAGAGCUGGGAGGUCUUUGUCGACAAUAAACCGGAACAGCAUUUUCAUUCUAAGUUUCGUAGCUGAAGAUAACUUGCAAAUAUGUUGUCGGCCUAGAGUCAAGGACAAAACUGUUGUGUUUAUUUACCAGAUUUUUUUUAUAAAGCUUUCUUGGUAGCUCAUUGUCAUGAAGGCCUUUGAGAUUCAUUUUCUAUGUUGAUCUUUAAAGCGACCUGCGUCACGGUGCGAAUAAUCGCUAGUACUGUCGCUUCUGCUCAGAACAGAAUGCAUCGUGUCUUUAUCAUGUGUAAAUCUAAAAAGAAAUCAGUUUCAUGAACAAUGUAUAGCAUUAAUGGCAAACUACGGGGAUUGAUAAAAAAAAUCUCGUUGGAAAGCAUGGCUAAAUGAAAGUCAAUGAGGAUGGAGGAGGUUAAAUACAACACUUUCAAGUAUUGUGUUAUGUAGUAUGUAUUUAACUUCCUGUUAUCCUUUCAGUCAUUCACCUUCACUUGUUUACAAACUCCCCCAAUGUCAUCUAAGAAUUCUCAAACCCCCAAUACCAUUUAACUCCUAAACCUUGACCAUAAAAAGACCAACCCUCAGUGACGUCAGCUAACUUCAAGGAAGAAGUAUGACUCACUCUUCCAGCCCCAUUCACUUGCAUAGAGAAUCACCACACCCCUUAUACCAGAGAAAGUUUGAUAGACAGUUACCUGUAGACCAAUCAGAUCAAGUUUAGAGAUCACUCCCACCUUAAAUUGUUACACCCCCAAAACUAAUGAUAUAAAUAAGACUUCUUGAUUAUUGGAGAUAGAUGGAAUACAACGAUAGAAUACUAGACCAACACUCAUUCACAGAGACUGACUGACUUCAAGACUUAGACGUCCAUCGAAUAUUAAUUUAACUUCACUCCGAAUCUCAAUCUUAUACUUCUAAAUUAUUUUAUAUUCAUCGUCUCCUAUUAUAUCUGAAUCUUCAUGUACUUCGAACUGUAGCUGAAUAUUGAUGAUUAAAUACUUUGUGAUUUUGAACUGUAUAACUUUCUCCAAAGUAUCAUCAUUACGCUUCCCUUCUUAUAAUUAUCGAUCCCAACACGACAAUUGAUCAAUAGAGAUGGAGAAGGUGGUCCAUUAAAACAAAAUAUGCGCUUUGUCGAUUUUAAGUCGAUGAGGUUGGCUUCAGAAUUCCUGUUCUGUAAGUACAGUUUAUCAAAAGUACAAACACAUAAAGCAGAGUCAUUAACAAAAUAAUAAUAUCGAAAUGAUUUGAUAUUCAUGACAAGUAUCUCAUUUCGUGCUUUCCAUUGCCAUCGAUUUUUUCACUGAAUUGAAUAUAAAAGCUUGCCCAAAGAUUUCCUAAAGAGUGGAUAAAUACUGAGGAAACUUCUGGCUGUCUUUGCUUCUUUUAGGCAAAAUAACAUAUAGGUAUAAUCCGUGGUGUUCAAAUUGUGAAUAUGAUGAAUAAAAGUAUGGGGGUACAUCACAAGUUUCUAAAAUUUUAAGAGACUGACAAAACGGAACUUUAAUUUAUUUUUCCUAAAUCAAAUCAAAAUACUCGAAAAAUACAUGAAAUACAAACGAAAUUAGUUGGAAAUUUAUACAGGGCUAUCUAACAC